AGAGCGGACCCAGGGAGGGAGGCAGGGUGGGGGAGGACGAGGGGCGCGUGGUUUUCCCAUCUCAUCCCUGGAGGAGGAGCUGGAGCAUCCCGGGCAGCCAAUCAGGGAAGGCUGGGGGAGCGCUUUGAAGAAGUUUGGGGGAAAAAAGUUUGGAAAAGUUUCUAUAAUAACUAGGGGGCGUCCGGAGGGAGGUGGCAGCGGCGGAGGAGGGGGCGUCUCAGAGAAGGGGAGGGAGGGAGCCACGGGUGAAGCGACGGCAGCCUCCUGAGCUCACCCCUCCCACCCAGACCUGGACCUGGGGGCUCUGGCCGGAUCCAUGGGGGCAGCAAGCUGCGAGGAUGAGGAGCUGGAAUUUAAGCUGGUGUUCGGGGAGGAAAAGGAGGCCCCCCCGCUAAGCGCGGGGGGGCCGGGGGAAGAACUGGAUUCAGAAGACGCCCCACCAUGCUGCCGUCUGGCCCUAGGAGAGCCCCCUCCCUAUGGCGCUGCCCCUAUUGGCAUUCCCCGGCCUCCACCCCCUCGGCCUGGCAUGCACUCCCCACCACCCCGCCCAGCCCCCUCACCUGGCACUUGGGAGAGCCAGCCAGCCCGGUCAGUGAGGCUGGGGGGGCCCGGAGGGGACUCCGGCGGGGCCGGGGGAGGCCGUGUCCUCGAGUGCCCAAGCAUCCGCAUCACUUCCAUCUCUCCCACGCCCGACCCGCCAGCCACGCUGGAGGACAACCCUGAUGCCUGGGGAGACGGCUCCCCCAGAGAUUACCCCCCACCUGAAGGCUUUGGAGGCUACCGAGAGGCAGGGGGCCAGGGCGGGGGCCCCUUCUUCAGCCCGAGCCCUGGCAGCAGCAGCCUGUCCUCGUGGAGUUUCUUCUCGGAUGCCUCUGAUGAGGCAGCCCUGUAUGCGGCCUGCGACGAGGUGGAGUCUGAGCUAAACGAAGCAGCCUCGCGCUUUGGCCUAGGCUCCCCGCUGCCCUCGCCCCGGGCCUCCCCGAGGCCAUGGACCCCCGAUGAUCCCUGGAGCCUGUAUGGUCCGAGCCCAGGAGGCAGGGGGCCGGAAGAUAGCUGGCUACUCCUCAGUGCUCCAGGGCCCACCUCUGCCUCUCCACGGCCUGCCUCUCCAUGUGGCAAACGGCGCUAUUCCAGCUCUGGAACCCCAUCUUCCGCCUCUCCAGCUCUGUCCCGCCGGGGAAGCCUAGGGGAGGAGGGGCCUGAGCCACCUCCACCACCCCCAUUGCCUCUGGCCCGGGACCCUGGCUCCCCAGGCCCCUUUGACUAUGUGGGAGCCCCACCAGCUGAGAGCAUCCCUCAGAAAACCCGGCGGACUUCCAGCGAGCAGGCAUUGGCCCUGCCUCGGUCUGAGGAGCCUGCCUCAUGCAAUGGGAAGCUGCCUUCGGGAGCAGAGGAGGCUGCAGCUCCUCCAGGGGGUCCUCGGAAGGAGGUGGCUGGCAUGGACUACCUGGCGGUGCCCUCCCCUCUGGCUUGGUCCAAGGCCCGGAUUGGGGGACACAGCCCCAUCUUCAGGACCUCUGCCCUACCCCCGCUGGACUGGCCUCUGCCCAGCCAGUAUGAGCAGCUGGAGCUGAGGAUCGAGGUGCAGCCUAGAGCUCACCACCGGGCCCACUAUGAGACAGAGGGCAGCCGAGGUGCUGUGAAAGCUGCCCCUGGUGGUCACCCCGUAGUCAAGCUCCUAGGUUACAGUGAGAAGCCACUGACGCUUCAGAUGUUCAUCGGCACUGCAGAUGAAAGGAACCUGCGGCCUCAUGCCUUCUAUCAGGUGCAUCGCAUCACUGGCAAGAUGGUGGCCACAGCCAGCUAUGAAGCUGUAGUCAGUGGUACCAAGGUGUUGGAGAUGACCCUGCUUCCUGAGAACAAUAUGGCAGCCAACAUUGACUGUGCGGGAAUCCUGAAGCUUCGGAAUUCAGACAUUGAGCUGCGGAAGGGUGAGACGGACAUCGGGCGCAAGAACACACGUGUGCGGCUGGUAUUCCGGGUACACGUACCCCAGGGCAGCGGGAAAGUCAUCUCUGUGCAGACAGCAUCGGUGCCCAUCGAGUGCUCCCAGCGCUCAGCUCAGGAGCUGCCCCAGGUGGAGGCCUACAGCCCCAGUGCCUGCUCGGUGAGAGGAGGAGAGGAACUAGUGCUGACUGGCUCCAACUUCCUGCCAGACUCCAAGGUGGUGUUCAUAGAGAGAGGCCCUGAUGGAAAGCUGCAAUGGGAGGAGGAGGCCACUGUGAACCGGUUGCAGAGCAAUGAGGUGACACUGACCCUGACUGUCCCUGAGUACAGCAACAAGCGGGUGUCCCGGCCUGUCCAGGUCUACUUUUAUGUCUCCAACGGGCGCAGGAAGCGCAGCCCUACCCAGAGUUUCAAGUUUCUGCCUGUGAUCUUCAAGGAGGAGCCCCUACCAGACUCAUCUCUCCGGGGCUUCCCGUCAACAUCGGCCCCCGCCUUUAGCACUGACAUGGACUUCUCACCACCCAGGCCCCCCUACCCCUCCUAUCCCCAUGAAGACCCUGCUUAUGAAACUCCUUACGUGUCAGAAGGCUUCAGCUAUGGCACGCCCCCUCUAUACCCUCAGACGGGGCCUCCACCAUCCUACAGACCUGGCCUUCGGAUGUUCCCUGAGACUGGGGGUACCACAGGUUGUGCCCGCCCACCUCCAGUAUCCUUCCUUCCCCGGCCCUUCCCUAGUGACCCCUAUGGGGGACGGGGCUCCCCUUUUCCACUGGGGCUACCAUUCCCUCCUCCAGCUCCCUUUCGGCCUCCACUGCCUUCCUCCCCACCGCUGGAAGGCCCCUUUCCUCCCCAGAGUGCUGUUCAUCCCCCACCUGCUGAGGGAUACAAUGAGGUAGGGCCAAGCUAUGGCCCUGGGGAGGGGGCUCCGGAGCAGGAGAAAUCCAGGGGUGGCUACAGCAGCGGCUUCCGAGACAGUGUCCCUAUCCAGGGUAUCACGCUGGAGGAAGUGAGUGAGAUCAUUGGCCGAGACCUGAGUGGCUUUCCUGCACCUGCUGGAGAAGAGCCUCCUGCCUGAACCCAUCGCCUGGCAAUCCCAGCCCCCCCCACCCCCCAGGCCUGCCCACUUCCCCUGCAUCCUGGGGUGGUGGUUCCAGAAGCGUGGGGCCAAUCUGGUUCUUUCCCCCGGAAGCUUUUGCCUUCUCUCCCCUGCCCUCCCUCCCCUCCUCUAGCUGAGGUGUGGCCCCCUGGGCCUGGUGCUGCCAGGAAGGGAGGGGCAGAGUGCUGAGGACUGGGAUGGGUGGAGACUGAGGCUGGGUGUGAGGACUGACUGGAGCAAAGGCUGUGUCUAGAUUGUGUACAGGCCACUGUGCUGGGAGGCUGGGAACAGGUUGAUGGGUAAUAAACUGCUCACUGAUGAGUG